AUGACUACCCUCCGAUAUCUUCAUGAGCGUCUUCCCAUCUCUGUCCUGCGCAGAUCGAAGGUGAAGACUGGACACCCUUGGUCUACCAGAACUUUGCAGACCUUAAGCUCAAUCGCUGCAAAUGGAGAUACCCAAUUGCACAGGUCAUACCUCUACGUGCCUUCAUCUUCUGACCGCAUGUUGGAGAAGUCUCUGGUCAAUAAAUCAGAUGUCAUUAUCUACGACUUGGAGGACAGUGUCCCGCCAUCUGUGUCAGACAAGAACGCUGCUCGGAACAGGUUACGGAACUUCAUUUCUGCCAAAUCGGAAGCCGAGCUUCCGAGUCCCGGACGUAUCGCCGUGAGGCUCAAUGCAAUCAACACCGCCUUCUUCAAGGAUGACAUCGCAGAAGCACUGAGAUGGACCUCCGUUCGGACUCUUGUCUUACCCAAAGUGCAGUCGGCGCUGGACUUACACCACGUCUCCCGCGAAAUCCACACCGCGAUGCAGAUGAAUUCCGUGCGCGAUCCGCUGCAGCACCCCUUGCGGCUCGUGGCCUCUAUCGAAAGUGCGCGGUCCUUGUUUAGAUUGGAAGAAAUUGCGGGCUGGAAGUCAGAGUAUGGCCCAGCUCUGGGAGGCAGUUUGGCUGCGCUUCUCUUCGGUGCGGAAGAUUUUUGCGCAGACACGUCCAUAAUCCGAACAGCAUCUCGCCAAGAACUCCUCUUCACUCGGUCGCAGAUCGUGAUUACCGCGAAGGCAUUUGGUUUAGAUGCUAUUGACAUGGUUUGCGUGAAUUACAAAGACUUGGAAUAUCUGAAAGAGGAAUGCGAGGAUGGCAGACGCCUGGGGUUCAGCGGCAAGCAAGCAAUCCACCCCACACAGGUGGAUAUAAUUCAGUCGACUUUCGUUCCUAGUCCGAGAGAAAUCUUCCGUGCCGCCAAAAUCCUACACCGCAUGGAACGCGCACACAGUGCACAGAAGGGUGCCAUUGGACUCGAGCUCGAGGGCGGCGGCAAGGAGAUGAUUGAUGCCCCUAUGGUUAAGCAGGCGGAGAAUAUCAUCCGGAUAGCGAAGUCAGCUGGUCUGGAGAUUCCCCAGUUCGCAUGA